UUUUUUUGUUUUUUGUUUUUUGUUUUUUUGAAGUGUAAUACGAAAAAAACUUAAAGCUACAAUAAAAGCAAUUCAAUGCCAAUACACUUAAAAGUGCAAAAACUGCAAAACAGAAAUAUUUUAUGAAAACUACCGUAAAUAGUUAAUAACGUAGCAGAAAUAAUUCGAUAUUUUAUUUCUCAUUAUUUAAAGACUAAAGACGAGUUUCAAACUCAAGAAUUAUUCCGGAGCUUUCGCGAUUAACACAUUUUAAAUUAAAUAAAAACAAAUACAUUGACAGCGGCAUAUAAACAAAGUACAUAAUAAGCAAAUAAAAAAUAUAUUAACAAAAAAACACAAAAAAAAACCAACAAAAAAUUAUUUCAUUUAUUGAACAAUUAACACAAGUGUUUUUGGCUAAUUACUUCAGCAAUAGAAUUAUAAAAAUAUUAAAUUUUCAAAGGGAAAAAAAACUGAACUAAAUAAAAAUAAAUCAUACAUUUGUCUCAAUUGUUUUUUAUUUUUGACACGAGCCAGUGAAGAUUAGCUAAUGCCAAAUUAAGAAAAAAAAUAAAAAUAAUUAUAAAACACUACAUGAAACCUGAGCAGCCAUAACCAGAAGGCACCAUACCGAAACCGCAAAGCUUAUUUUUAAUUACGUACUUAACUUAAAUGCUGUAAAAAUCUAAGUAAAAACAAAGUAAACUUAUAACAUAUAAUAAGCAACAACAAUUUUAUAACAUUUUUCUUCAUAUUCGUUACAAUUUACAAAAACAACUCAAAGCUAAAACUGUAACAAAUCUCUGAAGCUACCUUAAAUCCUUGCCAAUAGCGAAUAAGCACUAACAAUGGAGCGCUCACAAAGUUACACACACUUUGAGUUAAGUGAAGAUGACAACAACAACAACAACAACAACGUCAUCAACAGCAAACUAUCCACAAUUACGUUGAGUAAAACGAAAAACGUAAGGCGCACACGUAAACUACAAAAACAACAACAAAUCCAGCAAGCCAUUAGCGGAAGUAGUGAUAAUAUAGAUGCUGUGACCAUAUCCAAUACACUGCAAUUGAAACGUAAAAGGCAAUUGCAACGACAAAAAACAGCAGAAUUAGAUGAUGACAUGGAAUAUGCAGCGGAAGAGGAAUAUGAGGAUGAUGAAUAUGAAGUGAAUGAAAUUUGUGAAAAUGUUUUAGAUUUUGAAAGUACACUUACACAAAUAUUACCUAAGAAUAUCACUACAAAUGAACGUACAAAGCGUCAGUUGCCAUAUCAAAAAAGUCACUUAUCACAGGACGAUAGCUUAAGUACAACAAUAACAACAGAUUCACCUUCAUCACCUACAUCGCCUACAAAUAAAUCACAUCAAUUUAAACAUGCUGAUUCCUUUGAUUCGAAUUCUACUGGCGCCGAUAUGAGUCCAAUAAGUAGGCGACAUAAUUUUGUAUUUCUGCCGCGUGAUAAUUCUAUACAUUCAGAUUCUAGUCAUUAUUCCAGCGUGGAUAGUUUGUUGGAAGCACGUAAGCCAGAUCCAGAAGCCAUACUUAUAAAUUUAGGUUUUGGACCAGUCGGUUCAGAAGAUAUACUUUCACGCAUACCAAAACGUUUUCUUAAGCCCUCACAAGUACGUGGCAUUGAUACGGACGCCUUUGUUAAACGUCUUCAAUUGGCAAGUAAUUUAGCAGAUCACAGUGUACUCGGCUAUCGUGGUUUGACUGGCAAUCCUGAUAUACCACCCUCAACAAUUGUGGCGAAAAUUAUGCAGCGUUUCGAGGUUAAUGAACGCAAAAGAUCUAUGGGUUCAAUAGAGCACGCUAUCUAGAGCAGCCUACACAUACAUUAUGCCAAUAAUUUUUAAGUUUAGAUUUUAAUUUAAUUUUUAUUUAUAUUUUUUUUAAGGGGCUAACUGUUCAGUGUUAAAU